UCUCAUCAUAAUAACAAUAGUAAAACAUUGAUUCCCAGUUUAGGUUUCAAUCACAAAUUUUCAUUUAAUUUCAGUUGAGUUUCAACAUUUGAUUGUAGCGGUUGUGAAAGCGCGAAAAUAAAUUUUGAAUGAAAAAUAAUAAUAACUAGUGUUUUUGAUCAAACCUAAUCACACAAGAUCGCACAAGAGUGGCAGACAGCAAAAUGUUUUGCUGCCACAGACGCUUAACGACGCACUCAGCCGUAAUAGUGCUGAUAUGCUGUUUAAUUCAAACCGUAUUGGCCUUGCAAAUACCAAAAGAUGUGGAAAUACUUGAAGGUUAUGAAUUCGAUGAAUCUCCUGAGUAUUAUGCUACCGAUGCCAAUUAUUACGAGGCACGAAGUAUGAUGACGGGACACAAUAAGGCCAUACGUAAUAAAAGAUCAACUUUGGAAUAUGAUCAAGCUAAGGGUUUAAUAAGUAAAACGGGUUUUAAUAAAAAGUUUCAAGAAAGUCUCGUACACAAUGUAGAAAGUGAUCGUAUUGAUGUACAGCAAUCAACAGCCAUAAAUAAGCAAGAUCAAGAGGAAUUGAAAGCAGAGGCUAGGGAGGGUGAUAAUGGUAGAGAAGGCGAGUUGGGUGAAGUAUUGCCGAAAGCUGAAAAACAAAUCAUGGAUCCUGAUUAUGAUUACUAUUCACAACGUCAUAUUGCUAGUUGGAAAGAUCAUGUAAAUGUAGAUCACUCUGUUAACGAUGAUGAUACUGUGGCCGAGGCCACUAGUGGUUAUGCGGCUAGAGCACGUCAAGCUAGAGUUAAUUUUAUAACGCAGCCUAGAAAGGAAAAUGAACCACCUAAAGAGUUACCUGAGCCGAGAGUAACAAAAGUUACACCACCUUUAGUUAAACCCCAUUACGAUCAAAAGUUUGGCGCUGCAGCGGCCCCUUCCUAUAACUAUGAAAUGUACCCAUCGCGUUCUUAUGAUCCCUACUUAAGGCGUUAUGAUCGAUUUGAUGAACAAUAUUCCCGUUAUGAUCCCUACAAUUAUGAAGAUCAUUUCCUCUAUCGUCGUCAUUACGAUCCUUACGAUAGCUAUAGUCCACGUAUGCCACAAUAUCCAGAACCCUAUUACAACUAUCCCGAUCGUCGUUAUGAUAUACCCGAACCUCGAGAAUAUUUACCUUUAUACAAUAAUGAAAUUUAUGAAAAAUCUGCUUAUGCUCCCAUUAACUACCCCGAUCCUUAUCCCGCAUCUUCAAAAUAUCCCAUCGAUUAUACAGCACCCUCUAAAUAUCCUACAGAUUAUACACGUAGUAAUAAACGUAUUGUUUAUUAUGCUCAUUUACCCGAAAUAGUACGAACGCCUUACGAUUAUGCGGCCAACAACUACAAUCGUGAUCAACGUUAUGAUGGCCUGUUAACACCUACUAAAACCUUACCGAAUACUUAUAAAAUUGAUAAGACCGGAACACCGGCAACUUUAAAUAGUAAUCCGAAUGUUAAUACAGAUCCUUAUGAUUAUAUGAAGCGAGAUAAAAAGGAUCGUGUUACACCGAAACCCAUUAAGGUCAAUAGCAACAAUGGCCGACAAUAAUAAUUGUUGAGUCGGGUUCUUAGUUGGGAUAUGAGAGACAUUUUAAGAUGGAGCUUAGUUUAAGUUUUAAUGAAUUAUUAUACCAAAAAAAAAAGCAAGAAACAACAAAUCUUAUUUACUCAAAUUAGUAUUAAAUUAUUUACCAAUGUUUUUUUUAGUUAGUUUACUUUAUUAUUUUGUAUGAUUUUUUUAAUAAAACCCAAAUAUUUAUUAUUUA